AUGCAGACAAACGCGGAGAAUCCACGAAAGCGGUUCACCGCCGGGAAGGAAAGCGAAGCAGGACCUUCUCGACCGCGCAUGGCCAAUGCUGUGCCCGCCGAGAUCCUGGAGGAUGCGUCGCUGAACCAGGCGAUCGCGUCGAUCCUGCCUGCGAACUACAACUUUGAGAUUCACAAGACGAUCCAUCACAUUCGCAAGGCGGCGGCGACAUGCGUGGCGCUGCAGAUGCCCGAGGGACUCACGUUGUGGGCGACUGGGAUCUCGGACAUUGUGGAGCGCUUCACGGACGCGACCACGGUGAUCAUGGGCGAUGUAACGUACGGCGCGUGCUGCGUGGACGACUAUACGGCCAUGGCGCUCGGGUGCGAUAUGCUGGUGCACUACGGCCACAGCUGCUUGGUGCCUGUGGAUCAGACGGCGAUCAAGACGCUGUACGUGUUUGUGGAGAUCUCGAUUGAUCCGGCGCACCUGGCUGCGACGAUCCGCGCCAAUUUCCCGAGCGACAAGCACGAAUUUCGAGCCAAGAUCCUCGGCGGCAGUCAGAAUGCGGCGGGCAAGAGCGGGCAGGUGGACGAGUCGGCGGGUCGAGCGCGCAUCGCGAUUGGCAGCGACGAUGCUGGGUCGAGUGGAGUAAAGAGCGGGGCUGGCGUGGCGGAGGAGGUGCCGACGCAUCUGGCGCUGGUGGGUACGGUGCAGUUCAUCAAUGCCAUCCACGGACUGCGCGAAGCACUGGAAGAGCAGCAACAUCGAAUGGCCGACGGCGAGGUGGUGACGGGCCAGCCGCGUGUGGAUCGACUCAUGCUUGCGGGCGGCAGCGUUGCGGACGGCGCGGUGGACCACAUCGAGCAGGGUGCCAAGUGGAAGGCAUGGUAUUCGGGCGAGUACAGGGUGACGGUGCCGCAGGUCAAGCCACUGAGUCCUGGCGAGGUGCUGGGAUGCACGUCGCCCAAGCUGGACAAGGAGCGCAUCGAUGCGAUCGUGUACAUUGGCGAUGGACGCUUCCACUUGGAGUCGAUCAUGAUUGCGAAUCCUCGCAUCCCGGCGUUCCGCUACGAUCCGUACACGAAGCGGUUUGUGCGCGAGCUGUACGACCAUGCCGAGAUGCGCCAGAUGCGCGGCGAGGCGGUGCGGCUGGCGCAGCAGAGCGUGGGCGCACUCGAUCUGGAUCCCGAAACGACCGUGGCAGCACAGCAGAAAGACGGGGAGGCGGGCGCGGAAGCUGGUCGCGUGGUGGCGUCCGGAUGGGGAGUGGUGCUGGGUACGUUGGGCCGACAGGGCAGCACGCGCGUGCUGGAAUCGCUGCGCACGUCGCUGGCGGAGCACUCGCCACCGAUCCCCGAUGUGCCGAUUCUGCUGUCGGAGCUGUCGCCGCAGAAGCUGGGACUGUUUGGCGAGCAUCUGGCUGCGUUCAUCCAGUCGAGCUGUCCUCGGCUGUCGAUCGACUGGGGAUCGGCGUUUGCCAAGCCACUGCUGAGCCCGUACGAGGCGGCGGUGAGCGUCAAGAAGAUCCAAGGGUGGCAAGAGGACGUCGAGGGACUCGGCAUGAGCCGGACUCCGGCCAAGAGGCAUGGCGACAAGCAAGAGGUGCCGGCCGAAGACAAGCAUCUGCCGCUCGACGGCGACUACCCCAUGGAUUUCUACAGCGACACCUCGCUCGGACCCUGGACUCCGCGCCACGGCAUGGCACCCGCCAAGAAGCCUGCCGGCGCCAAGUCCAACCUCGCCCUGCUGCGGAGCUUGCGUAGCAACCGCGCCAAGGCAGCGGCGGCCUAA